AUGCGCACCGAAGUCAAACGUAUGUGUAGAUGGGGAGGGGCUGGAAGACCCCCAGCACUAGCGCCGGAUAAUCCUCAGCAACCUAUAGUCGCGCUAAAGGCAAGUUACCUAGCUCUAGGCGACCUCUACCUCAACACCACACCUUAUUUAUUAAAUAAUCAAUCUAUCCGCAAUCGCUACCUCACCACUAACUCGCGUAGCCUUAAUCUUAAUCGCGUUUUAACAUACGACAGCUCCACCAAGAUUGUUAUGGCUAGCGAUGAGACAUCAUCCCCGGGUCCAACCCCUCUGGUUACCGCUGAACAAGGCCAUGUGCAAGAUGACUCAGAUGUUUCCCUCGAUCUCGAUGAGAUGCGCGAGUCCUAUGUUCAUAUCCCUAACACAUCGAGCAUAUUAGUCAUUCAGCAGCCAUUUCAAGAAACCGUUCUAUGGAAACAGACCAUCAUGAGCAAGAAGGGUCAACGCCCCUCGGACGACGACUGUGGGAAAAUGAUGGGCUGGAAACCAGAGACCGUGACCAAGCUCAAGUACGAUAGAGAUGUCACGGAGCUAAUCCUCUACGCCAUUAACCAAUCGAAAGAAGGAGGCAAGUUCUACAAAGCCGACCGCCUUACUACGCUCGAUAUCUUACAUAAGAAGUUCGUGGAGGUAGCCCUACCUCAGCCAUAG